AUGUCUGCACCUCUCCCAACACUCGGUACCCCUCGAGAUGUAUAUCGUUAUCGGAAACAGCGUGGUGUGAAUCUAGUGACUCCGUCACAUAAAAUUGACUUCUCCAAGAUCGCAAGUGGACCAGAUGCCCGUCAAAUUCUGGAACAACACUGGGCAAACUGGAUCAAAGAUGAAGACUGGCAAUGGAUCAUCGAUCACGGUUACAAUACUGUUCGAAUCCCAGUCGGAUAUUAUCACCUCUGCGGUGUAGAACCCCGAGUAAUUCACAACACAGAUUUCGGCGGGUUUCAAAGUGUCUUUGAAGGCGCAUGGGGAUAUGUAGAGAAGGCCAUUGCGGCCGCAAAUCAUCUACAUGCCGCUCCAGGAGCUCAGAACCCAGAUGCUCAUUCUGGAACUGGUAGUGGCAAGGUGCGCAUGUGGGAUGACAAAAACGCAGAUGCCACCACAUUCGCCCUGCAUGUGCUUCUCUCUCAAGUCAACAACUACGACAAUGUGGUCGGAAUCGAGCUCCUAAAUGAGCCCAAUAACAUGGACUGGCUGCCUGAGUGGUAUGCCUGGACACUAAAGGACCUCCGAGGCAUUAGUAUUGAUAUUCCUCUCUACAUAGCCGAUGACGCAGAUAGAGCCAAGUAUGGUGAUCAACACGCGGCCGAAAUUCGUGACGGAGUAGCUAAACAAUUUCGAGAUUUCAAUAAGCAGAGUCGAGGAAACUUGAUUGUAGGCGAAUUCUCUGCUGCCCUUGGAGAA